CCGAGAUAAAAGUCAACAAACAAGAGCCAACCUGUGAGAAAACUUUUGAGCAAAAGGAAGAAAAUUUCUAACCAAAACAUACUUUUUUUCAUGUGUAAGUUGGUGAUGCUUAGUGGGUUACUGUAAAAAUCUUAAAUUUCUUCGUCAAUAUGAUAUGGUCAAUGGUUGAAUAAUGCUUCAGAAACUACAGAACCUACCCUUCUUUACACGUCUUAUCCAAUGUGAAUAAGGUCCAAGAGCAAAAGAAUCAAAAGUGUGUGUGCCGGCUGCUCAAGAUAUCUGUUGGGUUCUGCAGCAUAUGAUCACAUUUCUUCUUCUCUUUGUUGCUCAUUCCAUGUUCUGUCUCUGACUUUAUCAUGUCAAGAAACUCUGCAACAGUUUUAGAGAUUCCAAUUGCAAGUAAUUGUAAAGAUAAGGUACACAAUUCUUUGUGCUCAGAGCUUCAUAGACUCAUCGAUAGAAUUUCACUGGUAAUUUUAGAUAUUGAAUCUGCAAGACCAAAUUGCAAGUUAGCGAUAGAAGCAUUGUGUUCAUUACACCUCACUUUGGCAAAAGCCAAGUCAGUUAUCAAAGAUUGUUCAAAAUGCAGUAAACUCUACCUGGCAAUCACAUCCCGAAGGAUACUUUCAAGAUGUCAAAAACUAAGAAACGCUUUUGAGUUGUAUCUGACAGAGAUUCAAGGUGCAGUUACAAUACCAUUGGCUGAUAAGAUAUCUGCAAUACUACAUGACCUUAGGAGUGCAAAAUUUUGCCUGGAAUUUGCAGAAGAGGCUAGGAAGGUACUACUUUCACUGUUUGAGAAGAAUUUCCCAGAUGAAGAUUCUAUGGAAAAGGAAGAACUUGAAGCUAUACAGAUUGCAACUUCAAGAUUGGAGAUCAAAUCUGCAUUCUCUGUCUUAGUAGAGAAAGCAAGUAUUAAGAAUCAACUUGAUGAAGUGAAUGAAACAAACCCAAAGGAGAAGGAGCUUCUAGAAUACCUGUUGUAUCUCUUGAUCAAAUACAGGAAAUCCAUUUGUGAGUUUGAAGAUGGAGAUCACUCACCAAAACAUGAUUUUCAUGAUCAAUCCUUUGAGGUUGUUGAAGAAGCAUUAUGUGAGAACCAAGUCAAUGAUGAAGUUGGAGAUUUAUGAUCAUUUGAUUCUUCAGGUUGUGUUACUUGUGCUUGUUGUUAGUGUGUAGUGUUCAUAGAAGGUGAUUUUUGAAUUCCAAACAAGCAUUUGUGUUUUGUUUUGUUAGGAUCCUAAUUGAUUGGAUUUGUCCCAGAGUAGCAGAGUGGAAUAAGUUUUAGGAAUUCAGUUUUUGUUCUUAUGUAAUUAUCUAAUCUCAGAAACAAUGACCCCUUCCAGAAAUUAGGGUCAGAACAUUUUGGAAUUUGUGAUCAGAACAUUUAAAAGGACCAAGUAAUCUUUGAUAA